GUAAACACUGGUUGUUAUGGGAGUUAAUCGUUUCAUAUGCUAAUCACAACUAGGGGCAAACACAAAACUUUUCAGGCGCUCCGGUCUCACUCACGCCCAUUACAGUGAACCACAGUGCACGGAAAGCUUGUGAUCAUGGCGAACCCUUUCCGUCUGAACCUGGAGCAGCCCAAGAGAAACGUGUUCGUCACCCAGCUUGGUGAAAGGGAAGAUGAAGAACUUGAAGAUGACAUCCACAAGUACCCAGUCGUCAAGGAGUCUGCAGGCCGCCUGCUGGAGAACGGGUUCCGCACCCUGCAGAAGACUCUGCUGCUGAAGAAGGAGGUGGAGGUGGAGCGGGUCGACGAGGAGCUCAGCGCCAAGCGGGCGGAGUUCCACAAGCGGAUGGAGACAUGCAAGCAGCGGCAGCUGGAACUGCAGAACAAACAGCAGAAGAUAAAGGACAGAGUCCAGAAGUUUGAAAAGUUCAUCACAGAGAAUGAUGCCAAGCGGAGGCGAGCCAUCCAGAAGUACCAGACAGAACUGAAGCUGAACGAACAGAAGGCCAACGAGCAACAGAUGCUGGAAGAGCAACUGGAAGAGCUGAAAAUCAGACACAGUAAACUCCAGAACAAACUGCAGCAGUACAAGAAGUUCGAGGCCUACUUGCUGAGAGUGAUUGACAACAUGCCAGAAGGCUACCUGGAGGUGGGUGACUCCAUGAUCAAUGCCACCAUGAUGAGACACGACACCCUUCACAACACCAACAUGGACCUGUCCAGACGGGUCAGCAAACUUAUGGACCAGAGUGAAGAGGGAAACCAAAGACUGCAGAGGCUCAAGCAUGAACAUGAACACAAGAAAGUGCAAAUCAACAAGGAUCUGUCAGAACUACAAGCCAACCAGGAGAAAACGAUGGAUGCAAACAAGAAAAUGGAACAGGAUCUACAGGCAAAGAGCAAGGAUUACGUAGUACAGAGCACUGACCUGGCACAGAUACUGCUUGCAGUGGACAACAUUUCAGACAAGUGCUUGAAAAGACGGACAACACCUCUGGACGAGCUGUCCUACCUGCAAAAACUUCAGAUGAUUAAGGACAGCAUCAUGGAAAGAAUAGCUGUGGAGGAACUAGCCAAGACCAUAGAAGUGCCAAAGGAGUUGCAGGUGGUGCACAAACCAGAGCCUGAAAAGGCCAAGAAAGUCAAGUCUCCUACCAGGUCACCUCAGCACACCGCGAAAGAUCCUCCAAAGACACUGGCAGCACUGAAGUGGCAGGCUGGGAAAUCACGGGCCCUGGAAACCAUACAGGAGAAACUAUUAAUGAAGAAGAAAAUGGGGGACCAUCCAGUGGAAAUGGCAAUCAAUGCAUUUACCAUGAAAAAAUAACAACGGACAUUUAAGCAUGAACAGUUAAGCUUCUGAAAGUGGAUGACAGCAAGUGGUAAAGAUGCAUAGAAUACUUGAAAUAGGAACUGUCGUAAGAAUUCACCUGCAUCACUUUGGUUACCUUAAGUGUAUCAGUGGAUCAAAGAUGACUGUUUUUGUGCCAGGUACAGAGAUGGAGAAGGUAUUUCUUCUCUAUGUGCAGCAUUUUAAGUCCUAUAAUCACAAAAACAUUGAGGACAAAAAUCUUGAUGUAAACACAUUGAUACAAGAUAUACUUAUAUUCCAUUGUUGACUGUAGAACAUCAUUCAUGAACAAACCAGGAAGUGUGGUGAGAUAUAUAGCCAUGUUUGUGUCAAAAUGUAAAUUUUAUAUGGAAACAUAUGAUAUAUGGCAGCUAUUGGCAAUAGCAAUGUCACUUGUAAAUACAAAAUGUAGUGGAAUACUACAGUCAAAGCUACAAAUCAUAAGAAUAUUGUAAGUUUGCAAAUACAUUGUAUAUGUAAAGCGUAUGUCUUGUUACUUUGUUGCCAGUGAAGAAAGAUUGCCUGGCUUCUUGUUAUAUCAAAAACUUACACCAAUACAUGGUUAUCAAAAAUGAUGGUGGUAUUGUUUAUUCCACAUUUCAGUUUGACAUGUCAAAGAAGACAGGUCAAUUAACGAACAUCUUACACACACAACAUACACAUCUCUACAAAAACAUGUACCUCAGUACAUGUAGGUGCCAGCAACAUCAAAUUCUUACAGCAAAGUCUGCCCAGUUUCCAACAGUAAAACAAGGACUCGUUGGGUAAAGCCCUUUAAACAGCAAUGCAAAAUGAUCCUGGAUUUAUGUUUUUAAACAAAACUGAAGAAGUUUCAUUUAGUAUUUCAAAAACUAAAGCUAAGUGUACAAAAGUUACAAACAUAGUUCUGUAGGGAGAAAUCAUUUAAAGGAGUUGUUUGCAAUAAAAAUACAUGUAAAUUUAAAUGAAGAAUUCACUGCAGCUAUCCAAGGUAUCAUUCACAAUUACAAUUACAUACAUAUUCUUAUGGUGGGCUAUUGUCAGUAUUGACAUAAAUAUGAAUAAUUUACCUCCUAUGAUGUUUCAUAAAUAGCUCUAAUACAAUAUGCACGAUUUGAUGCAUUUGUUGCUGACAAGAGCAACAGUAAUUUCCUAUCAUACUACCUCUACACAAUCUCAAGAUGCUAAUCCAUAAAUAUCUCUACCACUACAAGCUCUUCAUACUUCUACUAGCUGUACAAAAACAGAUGCCUGAAUUACGACAAAAAAUCUUAGCUCAUGUAGUCACAACAGGCACAAUUGUAUUCACAACUUUCACAAGGACAAUCGUAGAAAGCUAGAAUCAACAUACUAAAAUACAUUCCAGUGAAAGCACCAUGAGAUGGAAUGUAGAUAGUCAGGAAAUAUCUGACUCCCUAUUAAUUCAUGGGAAUCAAGUUCAGUACACAUGCAUUACUUACAUUAAAUGAUUG